AUGUCUGGGAAUGGAUUACCCAACAAUCUUCCAACUCUUGAGGGCAAGAAUUGGGAAAGAUGGAGCAAACAGAUGAAAUCUUUGUUUGGAUUUCAAGACACACUUGAUGUUGUGACUAAUGGGGUGCCAAUUUUGCCAGCAAAUGCAAAUGCGGAACAGAGAAACAGUCACAGAGAUUUAAAGAAGAAAGAUUGCAAAGCCAUGUAUGCAAUCCAAGCUGCAGUAGAUUCUGCGAAUUUUGACAAGAUUUCAAAUGCUGAAUCUUCAAAGGAGGCAUGGGAUAUCUUGGUCAAAUGUUAUGAAGGUGGAGAAAAAGUGAAGAAUGUCAAGUUACAAUCUCUGAGGAGGCAGUAUGAAUUGCUGCAGAUGGACAAGAAUGAAUCAAUUGGAGCUUAUGUUUCGAAGGUUCAAGGCUUGGUUCAUACAAUGAGGAAUUGUGGAGAAACCAUAACUGAAAGAAUGGUCAUAGAAAAGGUAAUGAGAACAUUAAUCCCUAACUAUGAUCAUGUUAUAGUUGCUAUUCAAGAAUCUGGUAAUGUACCAACCAUGCAAAUGGAAGAUCUUGUUGGUUCUUUAGAAGCACAUGAAUUAGUAAUAAAUGAAAGAAAGAAUGCUCAAGAAACAGUACAAGCUAUGCAAGCACAAACAUUCAAGAAGAAUGGUGGUAAUAAAGGCAAGAAUCAUGAUAAGUCAAAGAAUUUUUCACAAAAGCACAGUAAAUUUGAUGCAAAAUCUGAAUCCUUCAAGAAAGGAGGAGGAACAUCAAAUACAAAGAAAAAAGAUAAGAGUCAUAUUCAGUGCUAUAAUUGUGAAAAAUGGGGUCAUUAUGCUUCUGAUUGCUGGUACAAGAAAGGGAAAGAAAAGGCAACAGAUUCAGCUUGUACAAGAAGAAACAGAUAA